AAUGUACAGCAUAUCAGUGUUUUCACUGAUUAUUCAAUAUUGAAUCGAGAAAUGAUUUCUGAUACCGAAAAUGAAAGCAAAUUUUUGGGAAUCUCAAUGGGAAAACUCACUAACGGUGUCAAUUUGUUAGUGAUUUUGGUCAGCAUUGGGUUCAUUGCCUUCAUAGUAAUGGUCGUCUUAUUAAUGAAAUAUCGCUCAAAGAAAUCGAAGAAAAAGAAUAGCAUUUGUGAGGAAUCGGUUGAGUCCGGGGUCUUAUCGCCCAAUACUAAACGUAUGAAACUGACCAGAUCCGAGGCGAAGAGCAGUAGUGAUAACUCUGACUCAAGCGAUGAUGUUUUGUACGAAAAGAACGAGCGAUAUGUGACGGAUAGAGUACAACCCAAACGGCAUUCCCUGCGUUCACAGCAAUCGGUCUCAUCGGUGGACUCGGAGAUGGAUACCAUCCCAACGCUUGUACUGUCGGUCACAACCGAUGAAAAGUACGCUUCGGUGGCACUAAUCAAAGCCAAAAAUCUUCGCCGAAGCGGUUAUUCAGCCAAUGAUAAGCUCAUACCGGAAGGAGUGUUCGCCAGAAUUUACCCCACGAGUAGAUCCGUGACCUCCGAGGGCUCGCAUUCAGAGGAUGAACCACAGCGACAGACGUGUGAUGAGUACUUUGAGACCACUUUGAUUAAGUCUAAGAAAUCAAAGUUAAUUAAAUUUAACGACAAAGAGAAGUUUGAUGUGUUUAACGACAACUUUCCCAUUCGGAUCUCGAUCUAUGAAUACGAUAAGCAAAGGGUUCGCUACAACAUCGGCCACUGUUUCCUAAAUAUCAACACUCGUGACAAUUAUCACACCAAACAACUCAUUGAAUUGAAUCUCUAUACAACGUUAUAUAAGGCUAAAAGUGCAGCUCAUGCUCAAAAAAGGGGUUUUACCCGGAGUAUCGGCACCUUUAGGGCCAACGGGUCCGCUCAAAUAGGCGUCUUUCGAAUAGAGGGGAGGCCUACUGUAUUGCUGUCUAUUGCUAUCAUCGGCCCAAUCGGGGUAUUGGGGGUUCGGGAGGGCGUGAUCGUUGUUGGCGACAGACCUCUGAUGGUUGCGGUGGGGAUCGCGAAGUACAGGACUAAGUUGCCGAUGAGUUGCAGAUAG